AUGCUGUUAGCUCAUCCAUUUCUGGAAGGAGUCGGUGAUGAUAAUGAAGAAGAUGAUGAUACAGUUGAAGAGUUGGGUGAAGUUUUGGACAUAAAUGCCAUUUGUUCAUCUGUCAUUUCUGAAAACGAUGAUGAUGAUGAUGAUGAGAUGAGUAUGUUGUCGUUUUCAGAUGAGUUGAGUUAUUUUUCUGAAGAUGAACUCCAUUGUUGGUCUGAAGAAGAUGUUUCUUGCUUUUCUGUAGAAGAAAAUGGUACCACUGUACCAUUGAAUGAAGUACAUCAAUACCCUAUUACAUUUACCAUUUCUUCAGGAGUUUAG